AUGGCCUAUAAUGAUGGUCCCUACCACGCUUGGUGUAAAGACAAUGGUGCCAACGUGUCUACUGAUACAAUCAUGGCCAUCUUUACUAAUCUAGGUCGAAGGUUUGGCUUUCAAGAGGAUAAUGCACAUAAUAUGUAUGAGUUGUUUAUGACACAAUUAGAUUCUAGAUCAAGUAGGAUGAACUGUUCAGAGGCAUUGUUGUCGCUACAUUUACAAUAUAUUGGGGGUGAUUCUGCUAAUUAUAAGAAGUGGUACAUGGCUGCACAAUUCCCAUAUGAAGAUGAAACAUGGACUCCCAAAGAUAAGUUUGUCCCUAUGGAAAACGACGACUGGAGGCAGAGAUUAAGGGCGUUUGGGGAAGAGGAUUAUGUGUUUCAAAUUGCUUUGUAUUUGUUAAUUUGGGGAGAGGCAAAUAAUAUUCGAUUUAUGCCAGAGUGUAUUUGCUUUAUAUAUCAGUGUGCAUUAGAUUACGUGGGGCCUGAUCUUGAAAGGUUUUACUUUUUAGAUAAAAUAAUUACACCGUUGUACAAGUUCUUAAGAGAUCAGCAGUAUGAUUUGGUAGGGGAUAGGUGGAGCAGAAAAGAGGUUGAUCAUUCACAAACCAUUGGUUACGACGAUGUUAACCAACAUUUUUGGAGUCCUCAAGGGUUAUACAAAAUUAGACUAGACAAUGGAAUUAGAGUUUAUAAAAUUAAAAGAAAAGAUAGAUUCAAAGAGAUCCAUUUGAUAGAUUGGAAAAAGUCACUAUCCAAAACUUAUAGAGAAAGAAGAACAUGGAUUCAUGUGUUGAAUAAUUUUAAUCGAAUAUGGAUUAUUCAUGUUUCGGUGUUUUGGUAUUUUAUGUCAUUCAACUCCCCAUCAUUAUACACAGCAGAUUAUACACUGGAAAAAACACCAUUGGUGCAUGUAAGAUUGGCAAUAGUGUCUGCUGGUGGUGCCUUGGCAGCGUUGAUUUCCCUUUUUGCAGCAAUUUCUGAAUUUCUAUUCAUCAAUAGAAUGAAUUUCAAAAAGUUUGUUAUUUGUGCAAUCUUGUUGAUUCUCAAUAUUGCACCAAUCGUUGUCAUAUUCAUAUUCCUUCCAUGGUCACAAUAUUCCUACAAGGGUAAUGUAGUUUCUGGGUUACUAUUGACAUUUUCAAUUUCAACAUUUGUGUACUUGGCCACCAUACCUCCUGGUAGCUUUAGAUCAAUUUUUUCAAAUUCAUUUCCAAAAUUAACAUUGAGAAAUCGGGCAUUUUCAAUUUCAUUAUGGGUUGUUGUGUUUGCAGCUAAAUAUUCGGAGUCAUACUUCUUUUUGAUUCUUUCGUUGAAGGACCCAAUUCAGAUUCUAUCUACAUUGACAUUGAAUUGUGAUGACAGUCAUUUCCUUUGUUCAGCACAACCAAAAAUUACAUUGUGCUUGUUUUAUUUUACCGAUUUGAUUCUAUUCUUUCUUGACACAUACCUUUGGUACGUUAUUUGCAAUGUUAUAUUCUCGGUUGGUUUGUCCUUUUCAUUGGGGGUAUCGAUUUUCACACCAUGGAGAAAUAUAUAUUCUAGAUUACCUGAUAGGAUCUUGACCAAGCUUUAUCAUGGUGACUCAUCCAAUAGUUUGAUUUUGGUUAUAUCACAAAUAUGGAAUGGGAUUGUAAUAUCCAUGUUUAGGGAGCAUAUACUUUCAGUUGAACAGGUGAAGAAGUUGAUUUAUCAACGCGAAGAAGAAGAAGGAAAUGUCAAACCACCGUUGUUUUUUGCCAAUGAAGAUGACAAUACGUUCAAGCUUUUGGCUUAUAUCAAAAUAGAGGAGGAGUGGGAGAGAAGAAUCACAUUUUUUGCCCAAUCAUUAUCGAGCCCACUUCCUGACCCGUUCCCGGUGGUGUCAAUGCCGGCAUUCACGGUACUUAUACCACAUUACUCAGAAAAGAUUCUUUUGGGGUUGAAGGAUUUAAUUAAGGAACAAUCAUUUUCCAAGUUGACGUUACUAGAGUACUUGAAGCAACUUCACCCCAAUGAGUGGAGAUCGUUUGUCAAGGACAGUAAAAUGAUUCAAUCAAUUGAUGAUGAUGAUGAUGACUUAGAUGAGUAUGAAAAGUUUAAAGAAAAUGAGGAUUUGCCAUACUACUGCAUCGGUUUUAAAGAUUCCGCACCAGAGAAUACUCUAAGAACAAGAAUAUGGGCGGCAUUACGUUGCCAAACGUUAUACCGUACAGUUUCUGGAUUCAUGAAUUACGAAGUCGCCUUGAAGAUUUUGUACCGCAGUGAAAACAUUGGGUUUGAAAGUGAAGGUGAUUUAUUUAUUGAACGGGAGAUGCAAGAGUUUGUUGAUAGGAAAUUUAGCUUGAUUGUGGCUAUGCAAAAUUUCCAAAGUUUUACCCCAGAAACUGCUGAGGAUGCUGAUAUGUUGUUUCGUGCAUUUCCCAAUGUUAAAAUUGCAAUUUUGGAAGUGGAAAAUGGAACUUAUUAUUCAACCUUGUUGGAUGUAUCUCAAAGGGAUCAUAAUGGCCAUUAUCGCAAACGAUUCAAGAUUCGAUUAUCCGGAAAUCCAAUUUUGGGUGAUGGUAAAUCUGACAAUCAAAACAAUGCCCUUAUAUUUUAUCGAGGUGAAUAUAUUCAAGUCAUUGAUUCCAACCAAGAUAAUUAUGUAGAAGAAUGUUUGAAGAUCAAGUCAUUAUUGACUGAAUUUGAAGAGAUGGACCUUGAUGUAUCUUAUGGUUACGCAACUGAACCAACGUUGGAGAUAUCUCCAACAGUUGCAAUUGUUGGGUCGAGAGAGUUUAUAUUUUCUCAGAAUAUUGGUAUACUAGGUGACAUUUCCGCGGGCAAAGAACAGACGUUUGGUACUUUGUUUGCCAGAACAAUGGGUGAAAUUGGGUCCAAAUUACACUACGGACACCCUGAUUUCUUGAAUGGGAUAUUUAUGACUACAAGAGGAGGAAUAUCGAAAGCGCAACGUGGAUUACAUUUGAAUGAAGAUAUUUAUGCUGGAAUCACAGCAAUGUGUCGAGGGGGUAGAAUUAAACAUUUUGAUUAUUAUCAAUGUGGAAAAGGACGUGAUUUAGGAUUUCAGUCAAUUGUCAACUUCACGAAAAAGAUUGGUGCUGGAAUGGGUGAACAACUCUUGUCACGAGAAUACUUCUACCUCGGCACGAAAUUACCCAUUGAUAGAUUCUUGUCGUUCUAUUAUGCCCACCCGGGGUUCCACAUAAACAACUUGUCAAUUAUGUUAUCAGUAAAGAUAUUCAUGUUUUUAGUUAUGAAUUUAGGUGCUUUAAAUCACAAUACAGUUGAAUGUGAUGAAAACAAUCCUGUUGCUGGAUGUCAUACAUUGUUACCGGUCUUGAAUUGGAUUGACCGAUUUAUCCUUUCGGUAUUUGUGUGCUUUUUCAUAUCUUUUCUUCCAUUAAUCAUUCAAGAGCUAAUUGAAAAGGGAUUUGUUCGAUCUGUUUUUCGGGUCAUUUUACACAUUGUUUCGUUAUCUCCCUUUUUUGAAGUUUUUCUUUGUCAGGUUUACUCUCGAGCAUUACGUGAUAAUUUUGUAUUCGGAGAAGCACAAUAUAUAGCCACGGGGAGGGACUUUGCCAUUUCCCGAAUUUCAUUUGCCACAUUGUAUACAAGAUAUGCGAAUUUGUCAAUUUAUAGUGGCAGCGAAAUAUUCAUGGUGAUUGUGUUUGGAAUGAUGACUGUGAAGCGGAUUGCCCUACUUUGGUUUGCCAUUACUGUAUUGGCCUUAUGUUUUGCUCCAUUUAUGUUUAACCCACAUCAGUUCAGCUUUAUUGAUUUUUUUCUUGAUUAUAGAGACUUUAUACGUUGGUUAUCAAGAGGUAAUUCAAAAGCCAAGGAGUCUUCAUGGAUCCAAUUUUGUCAAAAUGAGAGAUCGCGGUUAACUGGGGAAAAGUUUGAAGGACAUUUACUGGGGAGAAGCUCAACCACAUUUAAUUUGCUUUUAGGAGAAGUGAUCACCCCCUUGAUCAGCUUUAUCUUGUAUUUAAUUCCAUUUUUGUUUCUUCACUCAUCGGAUAAGUUGUUUGUGUUGGAUUUGGCUAAUCCGUUAAUUAAAGUCGCCAUUGCCAUAUCUGUGCCAUAUGUGUUAAACAUUGUUGUAUUGAUGUUAAUUUGGGUAUUGUCAUUAACCAUGGCACCAGCAAUUGGACUCUGCGUUAAGAGAAUUCCGUCAUUCUUUGCAGCAUUGGCUCAUUUCUUGUCCAUUUUGGUUCACAUAGUCAAUAUAGAGUUCUUAUUUCUUUUGCAGGAAUUUAGCUUUAUUCAUUUGAUAAGCGCUUUGUUGGUUGUUUUCAGCUUUCAUCGUGCAUUAUCCAGUUUUAUAUUGGUUACAUGUGUAUCUCGAGAACGAGGUGAGAAUGUCACUAAUAAAGCAUGGUGGUCAGGAAAAUGGUACCGUAGUGGAUUGGGGUUCCGAAUCAUUACUCAAAACAUGCGUGAGUUGAUUAUCAAAAUGUUAGAAUUGAACAAGUUUACAUUUGAUUUCUUUUUGGGACACCUAUUACUUUUAGUUAUGUUUCCAUUGUUAUUCGUGCCUUAUAUUGAUACCCUACAUACAAGUCUUUUAUUCUGGUUAAAGCCAAGUCGACAAUUCAAAAGGGCGAUAAAUUCAAAAAGACAAAGGAGGAAAAAAAACUGGCAAGUUGUUCGAUAUUUUUUCCUAUUUAUUUUGAUCAUGGCUAUAUUUGUAGUACUUGUUAUUAUCCCGCCAGUUUUUAAAACGCAAUUGUUGAAGUUGCAAAAGAAGUUGACAAAAAUGGUUGUUGCAAAUGGAGGGAAGUAA